AUGUUGGGAGGCAGUAUUGUUUCUAGGCCAGAUCGAAGGCAAUGCACCGCAGGCAUUUUCGCACGAGGACAUGUGAGGGUGUUUGACAAAUUCAUCUGCUUCAUGGAACGGUGCAGUCAGGUGUCACCUCUCCAUGAACUACCGGCUGUUGUGUGGGGAAGGGAGGAAGUGAGAGUAAGUGGUGAGCAUUGGCGCGUUGCAGGUGGGGCGAGUGUGGUGAGUCGACUGUUGUCCUCGUGGGCGGCAGGAAGGCCAAAAGUCUCCUCUACGCUGCUGUCCGCAGUGACGCUCGUGCUGGCCGGCGUCACCGUGUGCGUGAUGCCCUAUUGGGGCAGUCUCAUCGGCCAAAUCAUUCUCAUGGUGAUCUACGGCCUGACCGUCUCGCCCUUCUUCUCGCUAACUUCCAUCAUCAUCUGCGAUAUUCUUGACCUGGAAGCGCUGACGAACGCCUACGGCAUUGUUACGAUGGUGCGUGGCAUCGCCAGUACAGUGGGAUCCCCAGUUGCGGGUAUGAUCGUGGCGGCGACGUCUGUCUUUUGGGUGGCACUGCUGAUAGCUGGCGGCGCGGUGAUUGUGGGUGGGGUGCUCUGCGUAGCUAUUCUCUUCCACGAACGCGCGAAGCUAAACAAACAGGUGGACGGUGGUGUGGAUACUGAACAAGGUAAAUGA